AUAGCCUCCUCUGGUCAGCUUUGGUCAGCUUAAGUGGAGCUCCUGUCCUCUUCUCUCCUCAGAGUUGGAGCUGCUGUGCUCCUGUGUUUAACUCCAGGAUCAGAGACUGAAGACACUGAGAGGAAACUUCUCAGCUUCGUUUGGAUCAUUUUUGGCUGCAGGUGAAGUGAAUGCAGCAGCGAAGAGUUUUAGCACAUUUUCAAAGUGAACUGCAACAAAUGGACAAAGCGCGCCCUCUGCUGGUCUUUUUCCUGCAACUGCUCUGCUCCUGCCAGGCGGCCUCGACUUUCUCCAACGGCUUCUUCUACCAAGACAUCAUGAAUGGCAACGGCAACGGAGAAAUCUACUUCAAUGGAGUGAAACUGCGGAUCGAGGCUCAGCUGCCCUCUGUGUUCGCUGUAAGGGGCAAUAACAUCACCCUGCCCUGCAACUUCUGGUAUGAACCACCGCUGAACAGCCCUCGGAAAGUGCGAGUGAAGUGGGCCUGGUUACCCAUCUUUGGGGACAGUGAGUCUGAUGUCCUGGUUGCUAUUGGUCACCGGCAUCGCAGCUUUGGGGACUUCAAAGAUCGAGUGUACCUUCAGCAGGACUUCCCAGGAGAAAUUUCACUGGUCAUCACUAAUGUGAGCCUGAACGACAGUGGGCAGUAUCGCUGUGAGGUCAUCGAUGGGCUGGAAGAUGAGAGUGCAACAGUGCAUCUGGAGCUCAGAGGUGUGGUGUUCCCCUACCAGCCUCGGCACGGCCGCUACCACAUGACCUUCCAGGCAGCACGGCAGGCGUGUGAGGAACAGGACGCUGCAGUGGCCACAUUCGACCAGCUCUACACAGCCUGGGAGGAGGGGCUGGACUGGUGUAACGCUGGUUGGCUGGCAGACGGGACGGUGCAGUACCCCAUCACUCAGCCCCGGACCCCCUGUGGAGGUCUCGACCUGGCCCCCGGGCUGCGCAGCUAUGGAACCAGACACAAGCACAUGCACCGCUACGACGUCUUCUGUUUCUCCAGCUCUAUCAGGGGCAGAGUCUACUACCUCCAGCAUCCUCAGAGGCUGAACUUCACUGAGGCUGUCCAGGCUUGUGUUGAGGAUGGUGCACACAUAGCCAAGGUGGGUCAGCUGUUUGCAGCAUGGAAGUUCCUGGGGCUGGAUCGCUGUGAUGCUGGCUGGCUGGCUGAUGGGAGCCUGCGCUACCCCAUAACUAACCCUCGCCCAAACUGUGGCCCAAAUGAGCCGGGGGUCCGCAGCUUUGGCUUCCCCUCCCCACACCACAAGCAUGGAGUGUACUGCUAUAGCUCUAGGUAAAAGCUAAUUGAAGUGUACUGAGAAUCUGCCUUUGCCUGUUGAAUGUGAAUGAAAAUGUCUUCAAUCCAAGGUAUAUGUCUGAACUCACCUCAUACAAGCUGGGAGCUGUAGACAUGAAUGGAAAACUUCCAGUAUGGCUUAAACAUUUACAGAUUGUUCACUUCUUUUGGAGAUUCAUGCUCAGAUUUCCAUAACGAUCUAAAAGACUGCAGGGGUGAUACUAUGUAGGUGAAAGUAUAUAGGUGGUAAGUUAUUAUGAAAACAAAAUAUGGUCACUAUGCUUUUGUAGUUCACACACAUUAAAUAAUAAAUAUCUGCCAUCCAGAUUUUGUGUCACAUUGAAGAGGGCAAGAGCUGAAACAUUUGUAGUUUUGUUCCCAUAAACUGGCCAAAAUAUGUACAAUUAAAAAAUAUGUUCUAAAUAUUUCCAGUUCCAGUUACAAUACA